CCCCGUAGCACGAACUAUCGCCGGCCAUAACAACCGUAAAACAAGAUGGCGGGUGCCGACGGUGAUGAUUCUCUUUACCCCAUUGCUGUUCUAAUUGACGAAUUAAGAAAUGAAGACGUUCAGUUGCGGCUGAAUAGCAUUAAGAAACUCUCCACUAUUGCCCUGGCAUUAGGUGUGGAGAGGACGCGCACUGAACUGCUCCCUUUCUUGACAGAUACUAUCUAUGAUGAGGACGAAGUGCUCCUCGCCCUCGCCGAGCAGUUGGGAAACUUCACCAUGCUGGUCGGAGGCCCUGAAUACGUCCACUGUCUCCUUCCACCUCUGGAGAGCCUGGCCACAGUGGAGGAGACCGUGGUGCGGGACAAAGCUGUCGAAUCGCUGCGAAAGAUUUCCCAUGAGCACUCUCCCGUGGACCUGGAGGUGCACUUCGAGCCCCUGGUUAAACGCCUGGCCAGCGGUGACUGGUUCACCUCACGCACUUCAGCUUGCGGUCUCUUCAGUGUCUGCUACCCACGGGUCUCCAGCACCGUCAAAGCUGAGAUUCGCCAGCACUUCCGUAACCUUUGCUCUGACGAUACGCCCAUGGUCCGUCGUGCUGCCGCGUCUAAGCUGGGCGAGUUUGCCAAGGUGUUGGAGCUAGAUUACGUCAAGAGCGACAUCAUCUCUCUCUUCACUGCGCUGGCUUCUGAUGAGCAGGACUCGGUGCGUCUCCUGGCUGUGGAGGCCUGUGUGAGUAUCGCAACAUUGCUUCCCCAGGAGGACCUGGAGUCUCUAGUCAUGCCCACCUUGCGCCAGGCUGCCGAGGACAAGUCCUGGAGGGUGCGGUACAUGGUGGCCGACAAGUUCUCUGAGUUACAAAAAGCAGUUGGUCCAGAAAUCACAAAGAACGACCUUGUGCCGGCCUUCCAGAACCUUCUCAAAGACUGUGAGGCUGAAGUGCGUGCCGCUGCCGCCAAUAAGGUCAAAGAAUUCUGCGAGAAUUUACCGGAAGACAGCCGAGAGACCAUCAUCAUGAAUCAUAUUCUUCCCUGCGUCAAGGAGCUGGUUUCAGACACGAAUCAGCACGUCAAAUCGGCCCUGGCCUCCGUGAUCAUGGGCCUGUCGACCAUUCUGGGCAAGGACAACACCAUCGAGCACCUGCUUCCUCUCUUCCUCGCCCAGCUCAAAGAUGAGUGUCCAGAAGUGCGUCUGAACAUAAUCUCUAAUCUGGACUGUGUGAAUGAGGUCAUUGGGAUCCGACAGCUCUCCCAGUCUCUCCUCCCCGCUAUUGUAGAGCUAGCAGAGGAUGCCAAGUGGAGGGUGCGGCUGGCCAUCAUUGAAUACAUGCCACUUCUAGCUGGCCAGCUGGGUGUGGAGUUCUUCGACGAGAAACUGAAUUCCCUGUGCAUGGCGUGGUUGGUCGACCACGUAUACGCCAUCCGAGAGGCAGCCACCUGCAACCUGACGAAGCUGGUGGAGAAGUUUGGAGCAGAGUGGGCUCAGAACACCAUCAUACCUAAAGUCCUGGGAAUGGCCAACGACCCCAACUACCUGCACCGUAUGACCACGCUCUUCUGCAUCAACGCUCUGUCGGAGGCGUGCGGCCAGGAGAUCACCACCAAGCACAUGCUCCCCGUCGUCCUGAAAAUGUCCAACGAUCAGGUGGCUAACGUCCGCUUCAAUGUCGCCAAAUCUCUACAGAAGAUCGGUCCCGUCCUGGACAGCAACUCUCUGCAGACUGAGGUGAAAGCUGUGCUAGAGAAAUUGGCUGCAGAUCAAGAUAUCGACGUCAAAUACUUUGCCCAAGAGGCAAUCAGUGUUCUCGCCCUGGCCUAACGGAUCCCCAGCCGAAUUCAUCAUCGCAAGCCGACGUCCACCAUCAUCAUCGUCGUCGCCGUCGUCAUCAUUAUUAGCCUGGAUCAUCCAGGAUCAUUCAUUGGACUGUUUAAUAGUUAGGAGGUGUGUUCUGUCUCUGGGGUGGGGAGCUUCCAGAGAGGUAGUUCAAGUGUGUCUCCAUUUCUGCCUCAAACCUUGAAUGAUCCUGAACGACCUCACUUUCUCCCCCUCGGUGGUUGGAGGUGGGAUGUAUGUAAAAAUCUUUCACACACACACACACCACAGUAUCUUCACACAGCACCUUUACAAUUAAUGAGCUUACUCUUCUUUUAUGUGUUAAUCUCUCCUCACUGACAGCACUUUUAGAGGUUGUCUAAACUAAAACGAACUAUUGUGACACAUGUUUACCAGGCGUGGUUACCUGGUUGUCUUUUAGGAGAAACUUUACGAUGAUGACAGUGACCUAGAAGAAGUCCCAGUAAUAACUCUGUAAUCCUUUCUAGUUUCUGUGUUACAAGCAUAUGGCCGGUAGAGAUUCGGAGCUUGCAUGGCCUGCUUUGAGUCUUGCUCCAUGCAUGUCAGUGUCUGGACUGAUAGGCCUGUUGUUAGAAUUUAGCAUCCGUGUCUGACUUAUAAGCUGCUAAUAAUUCCCAACGCUCUGCUUUCUCAAAGCAUCGGCCAAAGUGUUUCCAUCCUACGCCACGUGCUGUCUUAUUCCAAAAACUUUACAAGGAUUAACUUACUGCUUAUCCUUUUAAAAAGGGACCAUUAUAAAUCUUUUUCCUCUUGUAGCAGUAACCCAGAGCACAGUAGUUCCCAAUCAGAAUAUUAUCUGCUAUUCUGUGCCAUCAACCAUAUUUAAAACUUCUUCGUCAAGGGAGGGGGGGGGAAAAAACAACCAACAGCCCUCGUGUGUUUAUAUUAAACCGAUCUGUGUAAUACUUUGAUCCUUUAUUCCUAAGCUUCUGCAUGACCCUCCCUGCUCAAAGGUGAACUCCGGGUGCAGUAGGGAGAGCUUCAUUAGCAGGAGGAUAAACGUUAUGGGUCAAGUUCACUUUAAAGCAGCACGCUCCCUAUUUAACGCAGAGGCUUUACCGAUGAAAUGAUCCUCCUCAGCUUCAGAAAACGAUCUGCGGUUCCCUCUCAUUGUCGUGAUCGUCGUCGGAAUGUGCUUUUGGUUUUAUAUGAGCUUGAACUCAUGCUGUCCUUUAACAGCGCAAAGAAUCAAUAAAGAAUCUGACAUGAACCAA